AGCGCAGCGCUGGCCGCCAUCUUGGACAGACGGACACUUCGCCGGGGGCAGCAGUCUGAUCUGCUGGCAGAGCUGACGGGAACAAUUGCUGUCAAACCUAGAAACACGAGCCACGAUGGCCACUGCUCCAUACAACUAUUCCUAUAUUUUCAAAUACAUCAUCAUUGGAGACAUGGGUGUAGGCAAAUCAUGUUUGCUUCAUCAGUUUACGGAAAAGAAAUUUAUGGCCGACUGUCCGCACACGAUUGGUGUAGAGUUUGGCACAAGAAUAAUUGAGGUGAGCGGCCAGAAAAUCAAGCUGCAGAUCUGGGACACGGCGGGUCAGGAGCGCUUUCGGGCCGUCACACGCAGUUACUACAGGGGUGCUGCUGGUGCGCUCAUGGUCUAUGAUAUCACCAGGAGAAGCACAUACAACCACCUUAGCAGCUGGCUAACUGAUGCCCGGAACCUCACCAACCCCAACACUGUGAUCAUUCUCAUAGGUAACAAGGCUGACCUAGAAGCCCAGCGGGAUGUGACAUAUGAGGAGGCCAAACAGUUUGCAGAGGAAAAUGGUCUUUUAUUCCUUGAAGCCAGUGCAAAAACAGGAGAAAAUGUGGAAGAUGCAUUCCUGGAAGCAGCAAAGAAGAUCUAUCAGAACAUUCAGGAUGGCAGCCUUGACCUGAACGCAGCUGAGUCCGGCGUACAGCAUAAGCCCUCAGCCCCCCAGGGUGGACGCCUAACCAGCGAACCACAGCCCCAGAAGGAAGGGUGCGGCUGUUAAUGAUGGCCACUAACAUCCCCUCGCAGCGUCCCCCUCUGUCCGGGUGUCUCCCCCCUCCGUUUUGGGGGGGCUGGCGGACGUGAGCGAGGGACAGCUUGGGCCGUGGGGUCCCACUGCUUCCAUUCUGCCCCUUUUACUAGACCUCACCCCUCUCACUCUGUACCCCAUCUGUUCUGAGCACCCAUGCCAGUCACUGCUCCUUGCACCACUCAGUCCAGGUGUUUUCCAUGGGUCCCAGAUGUAACUAACAUAACAUUAACAAAGCCACUGAAAAAUCAGCGCUGGUGACAAGGAAGGAAUUUUUUUAAUCUUGAAAAUCUGAGAAGUAACAGCCCACACAGAUCUUAAAAUGGCUUUUUCUUUGUCCCUCAUGUACGGUUUAAACAUAGCACUUGAAAUUAAAUUGAACAAGAUUCUAUACUGCAUGACACUUUUCUUGCUCUUGUGCUGCAGGUAAGAAAAUAAGGUGUUUCACUGAGGUCCACAUUGGUUCAUGGAAGCCCUUGGGUUGCGUGUGUAGUGUUUGGACACAACCAGGUUGUGUAUGAGGCUGAUGUGCCGAAUGGGUCAUGCUUUGGAAAGCAGUUCUUACCUUGCAGUUCUCACGUAAACUACCAUUUGGCAAGCUAACAAAACCAGGGAAUUUGUCCACUGUUACGGUGCUGACAGCUGUACUUUUAAAUGUCAUGUUGAUGAAGUUGUUCAUGAAACUUCUUGGGGAUGCUCAGUUUUUCAUAGUACUUCAAAAUGAGCUAUCAAUAUCAAAUUUAAAAAGUCAUCAUUGAAAUGUGCACUUGGAAAUGUUUGGACGCACUAGUGCGGUGUGUGAUCAGUUGUGUUUGCUGAGGAUUCUUCCACUUCUGUACUUCUGUCAUUCAGACCAUGUGUGUGAACCCUCACAGAUCCACUUCAUGCAGUAGUUCACCAAGAACACUGAUCAUAUCAGUUCUUAUUCUUUCCUGAAAUAUAGUUUUGUUGCCUUAUCACUUCUAUCUUUGCUGCUUGUUCUCCAUAGGCAAUGGACACAUUCCUCAUUAUUAAUUUGUACUCUUACUUUACUCAUUGUUUCUGUACUGGUGGUAGAAUCUGUUGAAAGGUGGAGCAGCAGUCAGACUUGCUGAAAAGAGUCUGGUAUCACUGAAGCGAUUGUUGCUCAGGCUUUUUUGUAUUGGACUCGUACUGUUUUUCUGGAUACAAAAUAUACUCCGCCAAACUAAUCGCUGAGGAAAUAUGUUGUAGUUAAACAGUACAAGUAGGAUGGAAAUACUAAAGACUUUGCAGCUGUGUAUUACUUGCUAACCUUUUAGUCAGUGACUAUGGACUGUAAAACAUGUUGGCCUCUGGGUAGGUUUUUGUGUGUUUUUCAGACACUUGCGGUAAUGCUUCAGCAGGCCGUUACGGCAGCGACCAAGGAGUGAGAUCACUAGGAAGCUUUGAAAUGCAAUUAAUGGUAGUGUAGAUGAAUGAAUGAAUGAAUGAAUGCAGAUGGACGCACUCUUGAGACAGAGCAGUGUGACUGCUGGACCCCUCUUGGGUACAUUUAAAAAGGGUGGAACAAAGGAGCUGAAGAGGGUCUCUACUAGACCAGCUCUGGGGUUGCAAAGGGUGCUUGUCUCAGCCCCAGUCAUCUGAGUCCAUUCUACUUGUGCGAUAGUAGUAAAGCCUUUCAUUUCACACAUCAUGGCAGCUCCUUUUCUGGGGCCAGCAGUCGCUUGCAGUCCGGUCUUAAUUCCAAGGUACUGAGUGUGGGGGGGGCGCUGUGUCCGCUCCAGGUGCCAACUAGGUAAUAGAAGGUAAACUGCGCUACAUGAAGUAAUGAUACUAACAGUUGAAUGUUUUGUAUGCAUGAGUUUUAAAGUGACAACUUUUGACAAUUAACAAAUAUCUGUGGCUUUACAUUUACGGAUGCAGAAUUACACUUAAAUUUAGAACACUAAUAUGCCACUUUUUAAAAGCACUUUGAGUUUCUGUUGAUCAGUAUUGCUUUGUUUUCAACUUCAUGUGUUAGUCACGGCUACAGGCUCCUCUUAUCUACCGCUCGUUUCCGGUACAGCUCAUGGGAGACACAUCUCUGCAAAACUUCUGAAGGUUCCAAGAAUUACUGCAGUUUGGUUUAUGUGGUUUCAGGGUGAGUUAUUUUAUAUAAAAU